AAAUUCUUACAUCUUAAGACACAACCUAGAUUCGAGCCAAUAUCAUAAGUAGUUAAACAUUUUAUUACUCAGACCUCGUAAAAGUAACAAACUGACACGUUUUUAUGUUCGUGAAAAAAAACGACUUUAUAUCGAAGGAGUGCCUUUUGAUUUGACGGCUUGCACAUGCGCAGUUAGACGCGAGACGACAGACCCGACGAAGUGUUUAGCUAGCCAACGUCACAAUGACGUCAUCUACAAGCGUGAUCGGGGAUUUUUUUUUUAUUGGAGAUUCAGUUUGUCUAUCUUCAUACUACUUAACUAUCUUCAUACUACUUAACUAUCUUCAUACUACUUAAGUUACUGUCUUUGGGGAAAAAAACACUCUAGACGUUUCUUUUUAAACCUACUAUUUUAACUUUAGCCCGCCGCAAGUCAAUCCAAAAAGAGUGGAAACAGCGACGCCCAGUGGCUGAUGAAAGAAAUGUGUUAUUUACCGAGGUCAGGGAGGUGAGUUCAACAGAGAGGUAGAUGAGUAGAAAACUGAUUACAGAUUCAUGCUGUUUAUUUUUUUUUUUAAAUCACAACUAUCCAACUAAUAGAACGUGACUCUAGAGAUGUUUGCACACGUUUGGACCGCAUUUGGUGAGGUAAUGGUUGGAUGAAAUAUUCGAGAAAUGAACAAGCGUCAAAACAGCAGAUUUUCUGUAGUCCACAAACUACAAAUACCAACCUCUCUCUCGCCUUUAACAGAAAAGCAAAGCCACACUUGCGCGGUAGGGGGAAACAAGUGGAUGCGUUCGGGACAGUAGGGGAAGGGAAGGAGACGAGGUUUUUCAACAUAAAUGGAGGUUCAUCCGUAGCGGGAGAGAAGAGCAGCUGCAAAAAAUAAAAAAAAUACAAGCAAAAUGGCGAAAGAGCAAGAGGUCGAACGCAUUGCUAAAACGCUGGACAAAAUGGUGCACAAGAAAAACACGGAUGGUGCCAUAUAUCUGCUGAGGGAACUGAAGAGCAUGACGAUGUCUCUGGAGACUCUACAGUCCACCAGGAUCGGCAUGUCAGUGAACGCUGUGAGGAAGCAGAGUUCAGAGGAAGAGGUCCAGACUUUGGCCAAAUCACUCAUCAAGUCCUGGAAGAAACUACUGGAUGGUGCUGAGGGGAAGGCUGCGGAGGAGAAGAGGAGGGAGGCCUCUCCUCUGAGGUCCUCAACGUCCAAGGACAGUCCUGGAUCCAGCGACCAGAGCAAGAAACUGCCUGAGCCCCCUACGACCCCUACGACCCCCACCGCCCCUACGACCCCCACCACUCCAAAGUUCACCACCUUCCCCCCCGCCCCCGUCACCACUGACAGCGUACGCACCAAGUGCCGAGAGCUGCUGGUGGCUGCCCUGCAGACCGACGAUGACCACAAGACCAUUGGCGCAGACACGGAGAACUUGGCUGCUCAGAUUGAGGACUGUAUCUACCAGGAGUUUAAGUCUACAGACCAGAAGUACAAGUCCAGACUGAGGAGCCGUAUCUCCAACCUGAAGGACCAGAAGAACCCAGACCUCCGACGCAACGUCCUCGCUGGGAACAUCUCUGCUGACCGCAUCGCUAACAUGGCCGCUGAGGAGAUGGCGAGCGCGGAGCUGAAAGAGAUGAGGAAGGCUUUGACCAAGGACGCCAUCAGAGAGCACCAGCUGUCUAAAGUGGGCGGGACCGAGACGGACAUGUUUCAAUGUGGCAAAUGCAGGGGCAAGAACUGCACCUACACACAGGUGCAGACGCGCAGUGCAGAUGAACCCAUGACGACCUUCGUACUGUGCAACGGCUGUGGCAACCGCUGGAAGUUCUGUUGAGGAGAAGAUAUUCUGGACUGCUAGUAGAAGAUCUGGCCUGGAUGGAGAAGGAAACCUGGACCUAAUUUUGUUACAACUGUAGACAGUUUUUUUGUUGCUUUGUUUUGAUAUGUUGUUUUUUUUUUACAUUUAACUCAUAAAUCUGUAGAAAAUAUUUUGUCAUUUUGAUUAAUAUCUUUUUUUAAAUUUGUUUUAAUGACUAUUAAAUCACACUAGCCUUGGUGCCUUUUUUUUGUGUUUCUGCUCGCUGGCCUCAACCUCUUAUGGAAUGUUUUGGUUUGACAACGAGUUUUGGCACGAGCACAAACUGUUCUGGGACCAGGCCGAGGUUAAACACUUUGCUCUUAAAACAACAUUUUGGGUUUUUUGGCUGUUCAUUAGUUGAAGCUAUAUCUUACUAAAAAAAAAAUAUUUGCUUUGGCUUUAGGGAACAUAGGUGUGCCUUUUUCUUUUUUUUCUUCUCUCUCUCUGCCACAAAUGAUCAUUUUACUGUUAGUUUUAUACACUUGCUUUAUAUAGAGUGUUUAUACACUCUUAGCAUUAGUCCCAAAUGGUACCCUAUUCCCUGUAGUGCACUAUAAAGGGAGUAAGGUACCAUUUGGAUACAUACUUGCUGUAUAUAGAACAAGUCGUUGUUUGAUUCACUUAUUCUGAAUCUACAGUCUUACAUGUACAGUACCAGUCAAAACUCUGUAAAUAACACAUGGAAUCAUGUAGUAACCAAAAAAGUGUUAAAUAGAUUUGUAGAUUCUUCCAAGUAGCCACCCUUUGCCUUGAUGACAGCUUUUGCACUCUUGGCAUUCUCUCAACCAGCUUCAUGAGGUAGACACCUGGAAUGCAUUUCAAUUAACAGGUGUGCCUUGUUAAUUUGUGUAAAAAACUUGAAUGAGUAUGAGUGUUUAAACGGUUGACUGGUACUGUAUAUAUAUAUAUAUACACACACAGGUUCUUAGAGUUAUGUUUUGGUUCUUCCGUAAACAAAUGAGAGAAACCGGAGGAUCUGCUAGAAGAUGUAGAAUGAGAAAAGGAUGAAGGAGGACUGUUUCUCUAUUUCCUACUCUGCUUGAAAGUUACUAAAAGGUUAGCGGGGAUUGGAGAAGUAGCCUGAUAUCCAAAUCGAGUUUGCUACUUUUUCUCCUUUUUUGUUUAUAAAAAUUAUAAAAUGUAGUUCAGACUACUGGAGUAACAGAACCUCCUGACAAACUAUCGACUGGUUUGAAAAGUUUUGUCAUGCAAGUGAUUUAUUUUGUAUUGUUAACAUUUGUCCUCCCGAUGGGAACUUGUGUCAAUUGAAUUAAAAACGGAUGUAAGGAGUGUGGAAAGAGACUGGG